AUGGCUUCAGCUCUUGUUGUUGGUCUGGGUGUGGCCACUGCUGCAUUCUUGGGCCGUGCCGGUCUGGUCGCCUAUCGCCGUUCACAGGGUGGUGUGAAUGCUGCUGGAAAGGCUUUUUACAAGGGUGGAUUCGAGCAACGAAUGACCCGUCGCGAAGCCUCCCUGAUCCUCGAGCUUGCUGAACGUACUUUGACCAAGGACAAGGUCCGCAAGAAGCACCGUCAACUCAUGCUGCUCAACCACCCCGAUCGUGGCGGUAGUCCCUACUUGGCAACUAAAAUCAACGAGGCCAAGGAGUUCCUGGACAAACACGUCUGA